AUGACAGAUAUUGUCAAAGCCGGCUGGUUAUUCCGCCGUACAACGGUAUUAAAAAAUUGGAAACGUGAAUGGUUCAUAUUGACAAAUGAUGCACGUCUUCGACGUAUGUCAGAUCCUGCUAAACAAUUCGAUAAAGCUGAUGAUGUAUUUCAAUUGAGUCGUUGUCGAGAAUUACGUAUUGGCACCACACAAGUACCAUAUAAUAUUGGUCCACCAGAGGAUGCAACUCGUGAACAAUUGAUGCAACUUGUACCAGGUGAAGGUGAUCCGUGGACUUUAUGUGCUGAAUCAACCGAUGACCUACUUGCAUGGCAAACAUCAUUUGACGAUGUUCGACAAUUACAUAUUGAACGCUUGCAACAACAACAAGCUCAACUGAAUAACAUACGAUUUCCGCCUGGUCGUUACGAUUUUGCGCAUUAUCCGGGUGUUUAUCAAGGCAAUUUUCCACAUCAAGUUUAUCGUGCACCGGAUGGAUCAACACAUACAGUCAUAUUUGUUGAACGAGGAGCACGUUAUAAUGGAGGUUCUGGCAUAGCGACAGGCGCUCUUGCUGGUAUGGCUAUUGGAUCACUGAUGUGGUGGCCAUUCUUUAUGUUUCCAUUAAUGUGGUGUUGA